AUGGGAUUUUUCCCGUCCUGCUCCAUUUGCGGAAAGUAUUCGCCUUUCCUAAUUGAUGAGAAAGUGCUACAAAGCGAGGAUGCUCGACAAGCGUUAAGAAAUUGCAUUGGGUGCUCACUGUUUGUUCUAUGUCCGAAUUGCCUGAAUCCGGAGAAGCUGACGCCCGACAGCCUUCUGGGAGAUGAUGAUUUUCGACAACUCGUGCUGGGAUUCGUGGUAUCGGAUCUCGGCGACUUCCAAUCACUUGGCAUCGACCAAGUCGUCGUCAUCUCCAAGGAGACGAGGAUGAACCUAUGCUUCAAAGAACUGACGUGUAAGCCGUUCCCGAAAACGGUGAAGCUGCGCAAACUGCGCAAGGCGUUCCCUCCCGUUCAUGGCAUGUGCUUCCAGGACUACGGCAGCGAAGAGAAUUGGUUCCGGGAUCUCCAGCAAAGGUGCAACGCUAUUAGCAACUUUUAUUUGGAUUUGGUCGAACGCACCCCGCUCCACGAACGUACCUCCAACCAGGCCCAGGGCCGAUCGGAGCGAGGGACGCGCAACAUCUCGAUGAACAGUUCACGGUCCGUCGCGACGAACAGAAACGAUUCCGAAUCCGAUCGGUCGGAAUCGUUUAACAUCAGCUCGCAAUCGCAGAAUCGGAGUAAAACACCUACUGUCACACCAAACCACAGCAGUUCGACCGAUUACUCGGUAGUAAGCAUGUCCAUCGCUACACCUGCACGGAAUGUUGGGGUGGCUAUAGAACCAUAUACGCCGCAGCGAGGGACGCGCAAUAUCUCGAUAAACAGUUCACGGUCCGUCGCGACGAACAGAAACGAUUCCGAAUCCAGCUCGCAAUCGCAGAAUCGGAGUAAAACACCUACUGUCACACCAAACCACAGCAGUUCGACCGAUUACUCGGCAGUAAGCAUGUCCAUCACUACACCUGCACGGAAUGUUGGGGUGGCUAUAGAACCAUAUUCGCCGCAACCUGGCCCGAGCGGUUUACAACAGUCAAGAUAUCCCGUGCAUGCGUCUAGACGCCGAAGCCCUGAAGGUAAGUACCGGCGGUACACCCCGAACGGUUGCUGUCGAAAAAUAGUUGACUUUGGUUUCUGUUUUCCCAUUUUUUCAAAUGCAGCUAUAAAUCCAAGGCCGGAAAGCUUCAGGGAGGUGCGGAUCGCAGGAGCGCGAUUGCCACGGCUAUCGGGGGGAUAAUAGCUGGGG